UAAUCUGAAUAUAACUGAAGAUAAAAUCUAUGAAGCAGUAAAUGUAUUUUUAUGGAAGACCAAAUUAUGGAUCAAUUUUGUGGAACCAAAUUUUGGGAUAAUGAUUCAAUAUGGAACACAGAUGAUCCAGAUAUUACAGAAUGUUUUCAGAAAACUGUUUUAGUGUGGGUGCCAUGUGCAUUUCUAUGGCUGUUCUCUGGAAUAGAAAUUUAUUACUUUUUAAAUAGUAAAAGCAAAAAUAUUCCAUAUACAUGGUUAUUUAUCUCUAAACAAAUACUCAUAGUAGCCCUGAUUUUACUUAGUAUUGUUGACUUAGGAAAGGCUAUAUAUAAAAGUACUUAUAAAGAAGUUUAUAAUGUUGAUUAUUGUACACCAUUUAUAAAAAUUGUUACCUUUAUUAAAGCAGUUACUUUAGUAACAUAUAAUAGGAAAUAUGGAAUGCGAACCUCUGGACUAUUAUUUUUAUUUUGGUUUCUGCUUGCCUUAUGUGGAGUCAUUCAAUACAGUAGUUUAUUAAGGUUAUAUAUAAAUAAGAAUGAAGUCACCUAUUCAUUUGUGUCAUACAUGAUAUAUUAUCCAAUAGUGAUACUUUUAUUCUUAUUGAACUUCUUGGUUGAUGCUGAACCUAAAUAUUCUGAAUAUCCCAGGGUUGAGAAACCAUGUCCAGAACAAAGAUCUUCCUUUCCAGCAAAACUCUUUUUUACAUGGUUUGAUUCAAUGGCAUGGAAAGGUUUUAAAAAACCUUUGGAAGCUAUAGAUUUAUGGUCUAUGAAUCCAGAAGAUACUGCAAGAGAAAUUGUACCCAAAUUUGACAAAUAUUGGAAUAAGAAUUUGCAAAAGAGUAACAAUUUACAAAAUACCAAAGCUUCAUUUAGAAAGGCAUCUGAUCAAGUAGAUUUUAAUAAUGGAUAUAAAAGGAAAGAGACAUCAGUAUUACCUCCACUUUGCAAAGCUUUUGGUACCACGUUUUUAUUUGGAGCUGUACUUAAAUUUGUACAAGAUAUUAUAACUUUUGCUAGUCCUCAAAUAUUGAAGUUACUUAUCAAAUUUAUUGAAGGACAUGAACCACUAUGGAAAGGCUAUUUUUAUGCAAUUUUACUCUUUGUUACCGCCAUAUUUCAAACAUUAAUUUUGUCUCAAUACUUUCAUCGUAUGUUCUUAGUUGGAUUACGAAUACGUACUGCUUUAAUUGCAGCAAUUUAUCGGAAAGCAUUGAGAAUGUCUAAUUCUGCUAGAAAAGAAUCAACGGUUGGUGAAAUAGUAAAUUUAAUGUCCGUGGAUGCGCAACGCUUUAUGGAUUUAACAGCAUAUAUAAAUAUGAUUUGGUCUGCACCAUUACAAAUAGUUUUAGCAUUAUAUUUUUUAUGGGACAUUUUGGGACCAGCUGUACUCGCUGGAUUGGCUGUUUUACUUAUUCUCAUCCCAAUAAAUAUCUUGAUUACUAAUAGAGUUAAGACGUUACAAAUUAGACAAAUGAAGCAUAAAGAUGAAAGAGUUAAAUUAAUGAAUGAAAUACUUAAUGGUAUAAAAGUAUUAAAGUUAUAUGCAUGGGAACCUUCAUUUGAAGAUCAGAUACUGAAGAUACGUACAAAAGAAAUUAAAGUACUUAAGGAAGCAGCAUAUCUCAAUUCUGCAAUAAGUUUUAUCUGGUCUUUUGCUCCCUUUUUAGUAUCGCUGGUAUCCUUUGCAACAUAUAUACUUAUAGAUGAAAACAAUCGUUUAGACAGCACAGUUGCUUUUGUUUCACUCAGUCUUUUUAAUAUCUUAAGGUUUCCUCUUUCUAUAUUACCUAUGAUGAUUGGUAAUAUGGUCCAGGCUUAUGUCUCUGUAAAACGUAUUAAUAAAUUCAUGAAUACAGAAGAACUGGAUCCAAAUAAUGUUCAACAUGAUCCAUCAGAAUCAUAUGCACUAUUAAUUGAGAACGGCACCUUCGCAUGGGAUAUGGAGAACAUAGAUAGACCAAUAUUAAGAAAUAUCAGUCUUAAAGUAGAACAGGGUCAAUUGGUAGCUAUUGUUGGUACUGUAGGAUCAGGUAAAAGUUCUCUUAUAUCAGCCCUUCUUGGAGAAAUGGAGAAAAUAAGUGGUAGAGUUAAUACAAAAGGUUCUAUUGCAUAUGUAUCUCAACAAGCAUGGAUACAAAAUGCAUCAUUACAAGAUAAUGUAUUAUUUGGGAAGCCAUUGCACAAAAAUUUAUACAAUCGUGUAAUUGAAUCAUGUGCAUUAAAUCCAGAUUUAAAAGUACUGCCUGCUGGUGACAAAACUGAAAUUGGAGAAAAAGGAAUUAAUUUAUCUGGAGGACAAAAACAGAGAGUAGCAUUAGCAAGAGCUGUAUACAAUGAUUCCGAUAUCUAUUUUUUGGAUGAUCCAUUGAGUGCAGUAGAUGUACAUGUUGGAAAGCAUAUAUUUGAAAAUGUAAUUGGUUCUACUGGUCUGCUUAAGAAGAAAACAAGAAUACUCGUUACACAUGGUAUGAUUUAUUUACCAGAAGUUGAUAACAUCAUUGUUCUUAAAGAUGGUGAAAUAACAGAAGUUGGAAGUUACAAACAACUUCUAGAGAAAAGGGGAGCCUUUUCUGAGUUUCUAGUGCAACAUCUUCAAGAAGUUGGAAAUCUACACGCUGAUGAUGAAUCAGAAGCAGAUCUACAUGAAAUUAAACAACAAUUGGAAUCUACAAUAGGAUCAAAUGAACUGCAACAGAAAUUAACAAGAGGUACAUCAAGAAUGUCAGAAAGUCAAAGUGAAUCUGGUUCUAUAGUUGAUAGAAAAUCUUUAAAUGGUUCAUUAAAAAGGCAGUAUUCGACAAGUAGUCAACAAUCUGGAACUUAUGAAAAUAUUAAUAACAUAAAAGAAACAAAGUUAUUAUCUCUGAAAUUGGGAGAGCAAUUAAUAGAAGUAGAAAAAACUGAAACAGGAAGUGUUAAAUGGCGAGUCUAUUCUCAUUACUUUAAAUCUAUUGGUUGGUUUUUAUCAAUAUCGACUAUUAUCAUGAACGCUAUUUUUCAAGGAUUUAGUAUUGGUUCAAAUAGUUGGUUAAGUCUAUGGUCAACUAGUAAUUUAACAGAUUAUAACAACACAGUUAAUCAUACUAAACAAGAUAUGUAUCUUGGAAUCUAUGGUGGACUUGGAAUAGGGCAAGCGAUGGCGAGUUUUUUCUGCGAUUUGGCACCGCAGCUGGGCUGUUGGCUGGCUGCUCGCCAGAUGCACAUAAUGAUGCUGCGUGCUGUGAUGCGUGCUCCAUUGACCUUCUUUGAUACGACUCCUACUGGUCGUAUUAUCUCCAGGUUUGCUAAAGAUGUCGACGUACUGGACACAUCUCUCCCUCAACAAAUUUCUGAUAGCAUCUAUUGUUUGUUUGAGGUCAUAGCCACUGUAGUGGUUAUAAGUUAUAGUACACCAAUAUUUAUAUCGGUCAUACUACCAAUAAGUGCAGUUUAUUACUUUGUUCAACGUUUGUAUGUUGCAUCUUCAAGACAACUAAAACGAUUAGAAUCUAUUUCAAGAUCUCCUAUAUACUCACAUUUCAGUGAAACAGUUUCUGGAGCACAAAUGAUUAGAGCAUUUGGAGUGCAAGAUCGAUUUAUUCAUGAAUCUGAAAGUAAAGUAGAUUUCAAUCAAGUAUGUUAUUAUCCUAGUAUAAUUGCAAACAGAUGGUUGGCUAUACGUUUAGAAAUGGUUGGAAAUUUAAUUAUUUUCUUUGCAGCAUUGUUUGCUGUAUUAAAUAAAAACAGUAUAGGUUCUGGUGUAGUUGGUUUAUCUAUCAGUUAUGCUUUACAAGUUACUCAAACAUUAAAUUGGUUAGUACGAAUGAAUUCUGAUGUUGAAACUAAUAUUGUAGCUGUAGAAAGAAUAAAGGAAUAUGGAGAAACCCCUCAAGAAGCAUCAUGGAAAAACCCAGAUUAUACACCACCUAAAGAAUGGCCUGUGCAAGGACGAGUAGAAUUUAAAGAUUACAAAGUUCGUUAUAGAGAAGGUUUAGAACUUGUACUUCGUGGGUUAUCAUUUUCUGUUAAGGGAGGAGAAAAAGUUGGUAUCGUUGGUAGAACUGGUGCCGGAAAAUCAUCUUUAACAUUAGCUCUGUUCAGAAUAAUAGAAGCAGCUGAUGGACAGAUUUUUAUUGAUGACAUUGAUAUUGCCAAAUUAGGACUCCAUGAUUUAAGAUCUAGACUGACUAUCAUUCCUCAGGAUCCUGUAUUAUUUUCAGGAAGUUUGAGAAUAAACUUAGAUCCUUUCAAUUGUUAUACUGAUGAUGAAGUUUGGAGAGCUUUGGAACAUGCACAUCUUAAGUCUUUUAUAAGAAGCUUACCAAACGGUCUUUUAUAUGAAGUAUCGGAAGGUGGAGAAAAUCUAAGUAUAGGUCAACGGCAAUUAAUAUGUUUAGCAAGAGCAUUGCUCCGAAAAACGAAAGUGCUAGUUCUUGAUGAAGCAACAGCUUCAGUUGAUUUAGACACGGACGAUUUAAUUCAAACAACAAUUAGACAAGAAUUUAAAGAUUGCACAAUUCUUACAAUAGCUCAUAGACUGAACACAAUUCUUGAUUCAGACAGGGUCAUUGUUUUGGAUAACGGACGCAUUGUGGAAUAUGAUUCUCCAGAGUCAUUACUACGUAAUUCGUCUAGUUUGUUUAAUAGUAUAGCUAAAGAUGCAGGCCUUGCUACUUAGGUAAAGUGCAUAUCGCAAAUACUGUACAAGCAAUGAAAUAAUGAUAAUUUUUAAUCUAUAAUAGAAUAUAUAAUAACAACACAAAAGAUAUAGCAAUUUAUUAUAGAAAAACACAAAAUAUAGACUUAAAAGAAUCUAAAAUUUUGUAGAGUAACAUUUUUCAAUCAAAUCUUAUAUCAUUUUUAAAUAAUAUCAAGCACAGCUCAUUUGUAAAGUAGUACGGAUAUCCGUUACUUAAAGUACUGCCAUUUUAGCAACAUAUCUUGUGCCGAGUAGCAUAAAUUUUUAAAUGUAUAUAUAUUAUUUUAGUAAUUUUAAAAACAUACCGCAUCUCAGGCUUACACAACAUACAACAUUUA